AUGCUCUGCUUUAGGAGAAACAAAGGUUACAAGGUGGUACCAAGAAAGAAGAAGGUCAAGGCCACUACUUCAACUUCAACUUCGACUAAUCAGACAUCUACCCCGAGAACCGGAAAUGGCACUGGCACUGCCCCUCAGCGCAGGAAUAAAGCGACUGCCAAAAAGACACGUCCUCUCCCUGAUCGAUACUCAGAUUUUCGGCCUUCUCCCUCCCAUGAACGCAACCCUGAUCAACGCCCCCCUAUUCAACCGCCUCGCCAACAGUCCAAAGUUGCGCGCACCAACGACAUGUCCGCCCAAAAUAGCAGCUUCUAUGGGCGCGUUAACUCAGCCAUUACGAGGGGUUUCGAAGACGAUAUUAGUGCCACUGCAGUGCAAAAUCGAGUGAACAAACCUCAAGAGUCAUCAUCAAGUAACACGGCUCAGUCUCAAGCGUACGAUACAACCCCUGUACCAUCAACACAAGUCCAUUUUCGCUAUCAGCGUCCUUCAUUUCUCGGCGAUGUUGACUUUACUGCGGAGUCUCGUCGCGAUAUAGUUGUCGCUCAUGGGCUUACUUCUGCUUUGUCGCCUCGACAAGGCUAUCGUCCUACCCCGGCGUCUAUCUCCAACUUUGCAGACUUCGACCUUGAGAAUACAGAUACUAAGAUUUCCGAUAUCAGACACGACAACAUUUCAUACCAUGAACAACCUAUAACUAGCAUCGCCGCUGCCGCUUCAGCUUCGUCUUCGUCUUCGUCCUCUGCAGGCCCGUACCUUGAUCUGCCCGUAUCACCAGACAGUGAUGCUGUGACAGCAAGCGCAAUAGGCAGUCGAGAGUGUCUUGCCUGUAGCGACAUGAAAGCUCCAAAUUAUUUUCCAGAUUUUGUCACUUCGAAAUGCACGCACACUCCUUCCAUAUGUUUGGAUUGCAUGGUGCGAUCAAUCCAAGUGGCCAUGAAGACCGAAUACUGGAACGAAAUUAGUUGCGACGAGUGCAAAGAAAAACUACAAUAUAACGACAUUCAGCGCUUUGCCGAUGAACAGACAAUCGCCAAAUACGAAAGACAGGCGCUUCGAGCUGCUGUGUCAGACGAGGAGAACUUCUUCUGGUGUACCUCUGAUUGCGGCUCUGGACAGAUCCAUGACUCUGGGUCUACUCAGCCCAUCGUCGUUUGCAUCAAAUGUAAUCAUCGCUCAUGCUUUCACCACGGAGUCAACUGGCAUGAAGACUUGUCUUGUGAGGAGUAUGAUCGGCUUCAAGACGAUCCAGAAUUCCGUAGCUACUUGGAACUGGAAAAUGAAAGGUGGGAGGAGGCUCAGGCAGCUCAAGAAGCUCAAGAAGAGGCAGAUAGGGACGUCGCUCGCAGGCUUGCCGCCGAAGAAAUUGCUGAAACUGAGCGCCAAGAGGCACAAGCUCGGAGAGCGAGGGAGCGAGAACGAGAACGAGAACGAGAAAGAGAAAGACACCGAGAGCAAGAGCGAGAGCGAGAGACACAGCAGAGGCAACGAGAACGAGCACAUGAGAGACAGAGGAACGAGGAGAGGCAACGUGAACAAAAACGAGAGAGGCAGGAGAUCCAAAGAGAACGAGAGAGGCGGAACCAAGAGAGACAGCGACAGCUAGAGCAAGAGAGACACCAGAGGCAACGACAGCUAGAGCAACAGAACCAGAAGAGGCAACGAGAACGAGAGAGACAGAGGGAUCAGGAAAGGCAACGGCAGGUAGAACGAGAGAGGCAGAGAAACCAGGAAAAGCAACGACAGCUAGAGCAAGAGAAACACCAGAGGCAACAAGCUCUUCGCGAAACAGCAUCGAGCCGGAAUGCCGCAGAAGAAAGGCGCAAAAUUGCAGCCAGAAAGAGAGAAGAAGAGUCAAGGAGCUACGCAACAAUGAGAGCUACAUCAAAACCCUGUGGAGGAUGCGGAUGGGCUAUCGAGAGGAGUUUCGGCUGGUAA